AUUCAAGAACCUUCUCACUCCAGUGCAUCCAACAUGCAUAGCUUAAAAACGAUGCUUUCCGGGCUUCUCCUACUUUCGCUCUUUGUCAUCGAUUCAUUUGCGAACAAGGCACCCUGUUGGAGUACGAAGGACACGCCAUUCCCCAAAGCGAGACGAGUGGACAAAACAUGGACUUAUCGAUCAGCAAAAGCACAUGGAAAUGUCACUUUUCCAGAUCCUUACUUCUGGCUUGAGCAACCAUACACUACCACUAAAGAAGUUCAAGAAUUUGCUGCUGAUCAGCAAGCAUUGACGGAGAAGUAUAUGAGCAAAUGCACAAAUGCCGAAUCGAUCACUCAAUCGAUCAAAGAUGCUUUUGAUUACAACAGUUAUUUUGAUAUCACGUUUUUGGAUAACGCAAUUAAUCCUUUCUACUUCUUCAGCUUGCAAAGAAUUGGUGAAAGCCGUAAAACAUACUACAUCGCCACACCUGAAGAAAUGGAAGCAGGAAGAAAGACCAAUUUCGCCAAUCCUCCCGGUCAUAAAUAUUUUGAUGAAGGUGCAUUAUCGGUCAAUGGUACAGCAAGCAUACAAACAUAUCAAUUUUCAACUAAUGGUCUUUACUUGGCCUAUCUUGUCAUUGAUGCUGAUGCCGAUGUAGGCACAUGGUAUGUUCGGAAAACCACUUCCCCAUUCCUGAAAUAUAGCAAGACGCCAGGCGGUGAUGGUCGGUUACCAGAGGCUGUUCCACGUGGUGAUGGACAUAUAAUGUGGCGCUCUGACAAUGCAGGAUUUUACUAUGUACAAGUGAAUGAUCCAGAAGGUGGAACGAAUACGGAUAUCGGAUCAGUGCUUCGUUAUCACAAACUAGGAACAGCUUAUGAAAAAGAUGUUCUGCUUGUACAUGCUGAUCCAAGUCAAGAUAGUUUCUACAGUAUAGUUGAAAGUUUAGACGGCAAAUGGCUUGUUCUGGUCAAUUCAAAAGGUGCAGGACAGACCUCGAUUUAUGCAACCAGGCCAUUAGAACAAACACUCUCAGAUAAAAUGAAGUGGAUCUCAAUCGUUCCUACCCAAGAAGAUGACCUUACGGCAAUUACUACUAUUGGUGAUGAUCUUUAUGUUCAAAGUGAUCAUGAUGCUCCAAAUUAUAAGACUGUCAAAUACAAGAUGGAUUGGAGUAAAGCGCGUGUUGUAAACAAGUUACAAGAUUUGAAUGACAAUGUUGAUCCGGUCGACGUUAUUCCAGCUCGUAAGGACGCUUUGUUAAAUUUUGCGGUGCCUUUCGACAACGACAAGGUUGUCUAUGUGAUGACUGAGAACGGAAAAUACACUCUUUAUCUCUAUAGCCUUCUCACCGGAAAGUUGAUCCAGCAAGUUUUACCAAAUGAAACCUUUACAGCACAUGAAGUGAUCUAUGCCGAUUCAGGCAGUAAGAACAUUGUAUUGGCCUAUUGGGGUCCUUAUUCACCUCGAAAAUGUGUUCAAAUCACAUGGGACGGAACAAAAGUCGUUGACAAAACGUUUUUCAUCGAAACGGUAAAAGGUACAAAACCUGGCGAUUUUAUGACGGAGGAGUUGGAGGCAACCAGUAAAGAUGGAACAAAGGUACCAUAUUACGCUGUUCAUCACAAAGACACAAAAAGGGAUGGCACCGCUCCAGCAAUGAUGCACUUCUAUGCCACUUAUGGAGAUGUUGAAAACCUAUUCUGGUAUCCUAUGCAUUAUUCAUUCAUGAACAGCUACAAUGCCGUCCUGGUUUAUGCUGGUGCACGUGGUGGCGGUGAUAAAGGAGCUGACUGGCAUAUAGCUGGAGAGGGGAUGAGAAAGCAAAACACUUUCGACGAUCUUAUUGCAGUGGCACAAGAUUUGGUAAAACGCAAAAUUGCAGCACCAGGAAAAGUUGUUCCUGAAGGUGUUUCCGCCGGCGGGCUCAACGCAGCCGUUAUUGCCCGACAAGCACCUCCCAAUACUUUUGGUGCUGUCCUAUCUGAUUUACCUCCUUUGGAUUGGUUUCUGAUCGAUCGUAGUAGAGCUGGUUCAUCUCAAUACGAAGACUUUGGCAAUCCACACAACGCAACAGAGUUUGAUGUUAUAAGAUCUUGGAGUCCGUUACAGAAUAUCGAUGCAACGGAACAAAAAGUCUAUCCUCCAAUCUUGGUGACAGCUUCUGAUUCGGAUCAGAGAGUCGUUAUUGCUCACGCUCUAAAAUUUACAGCACAACUUCAAUUCAGCUAUCCCAACAGCCCAAACCCAUUACUAAUGCACAUUGCCAAAAGUGCUGGUCAUAGCGACGUUGGCAAUAACCAAGACACUGCUAUCAUCAAAAACUUCCAUCAAGAAUGUUUUGUUCAACUUGCUUUGGGUUUGACAAAGUACAGAUGAUUCAUCAAAAACCUUUCACACUCCUUUUGCUUCAUAACAUCAUACUGCCGUGUCUUCAUGUGGAUGUUGGAAUAAUAUCAAUUUCACAUAAUAUCAUCGUUCAUACGUCAGUUUACACGCUUUAAGCCGAG